AUGCCCACAACCAUUCACUUGAACUUUGCUAGCUUACCAACAUUGUGGAGUCCUUUGCAGUCUGCUGUUCUGAACGAAUCGGACUCUGGUUUCAAUAAGAAUCUGACAUCUGUCUUGCCAACUCACCCAAACUGUAUUGCAUCAACGACAGUUUCUGGAUUCUUUGUUGUUUGCUUUGCUAUCUUUCUACUUGUGCAGCUGGGCUUUUUUGUUAGAACAGAAACCAAGAAGGUUAUGAAGAGGAAUCAAAAAGUUUUACUCAUUCUUUCGUCUAUUCUAGUUGGUGUUCAAUUAAUGGCUUUAAUUUUGAGAAUUAUUUACUUUGCAAUUGCCUUUUCAAUCAGAGCAAAAUAUACAUCUCUUAUUGGUGUGAAAUUUGUCAUUGAUUCAAUGACAACAUCACUAGUAGUGUUCGGAGCUUUGGAAUUUGCUUUUUCACUCUUCCAAGCAGUCACCAUGGUUGUUAUCAUUUCAUUUAUCCAAUAUGUCUUUUUAACAACUGUACAUUUAUCUGGGGCCAUGACAAAGAAGGUUUAUAAGGUGGUGAGAGUGAUGACCAUUGUCAUGGGAAUUCUCACGGCUGUUGCAAUGGGUAUUUUCAUUAUUGUUUUGACCAUUUCGAAAGUUUUGACAACACUUGGAAUUUAUGGAGAUGUGAAUCAAACUGCCAUUACUGUGGUAGUAUUUAUUCUUUUCAUCAUUAUCAUCUUUACAUCUCUUGGCAUGCUGUCAUUCUUUGGAUUUAAAGUAGUGACAACCAUCAAAUCAAGAUCUCUCAAUCUAAGACAAGAAACUAAUAGAAAUUUAAUUAUUAGAACAGUACAAAAACCUCUCAUCAAGACUGUCUCAUUGUUGAUUUCUCUAGUAUUGAGCACGUUUAUAUUAAUUCUUUCAGCAAUUAUUGGAAUAAUCACAUCAAGUGUCUCUAAUGAUUUUAAAGCAAUAGAUUACAGCUUAAACUCUUUUGGAAUUCUAUUUUUUAGUGUAGUGAUUCUGUUCUUGUACAAUCCUUUAUUUAGUGAAUCGUACAAAGUAGUCGAUUCUGUAGAGGAGAAGGAGAAGCAAUCUUUAUUAGGAGAUGAAAUGGCUGAGAGAGUGCAAUCAGCCUCCAGUUUGAGUUCUGCAGCAGACUCACCUCGUACUGUAGAUAUUUAA